AUGAGCUCUUCCCCUGGCAACUACGCGGCGAUGACCAUUGCGGAGCUCCGAAGCGUUCUGACUAGAAAUGGUGUUAAGGUGCCUCAGUCUAGUGUAAAGAAAGCGGUACUGGUAAAAUCGUGUCGCGGUCCAUCUAGCAGGGAUAGGGGUUCGAGAGUGAGUAAGAGCUCGAGAGUUGAUCGUGAAAGCGUCACUCGCCACGAAAUUAUGUGUUCAGGAAGUGACCUAGUCGAUGUAGCUCGGAUGUUCUCUAGUGAUGAAGAGGAGAUGAGCGAGUCGAUGGGGUCGGCCUCCGAGUCGUGGCAGUGGAGUAUCGAGUAUGGAAAAGAUACCUUCGCCGCGACGUGUGACGAUAUUGCCGCUAAGCUCCUUACAGCCGUUGAGGGAAGCUCAAAUGCGGCAGAGGUCCUCGAGAGUUACUAA